UCAGCAGCAGCAGCAGCAGCAGCAGUGCUUUCAACGACGAGAAGUUGAUCGCGCCCGUGAAAGAGAGAGAAAGAGCGAAAACAUGUCAUUGGAUUUUCGCGAAUGAGCCCGGAGCAAAGAAAGAGAGAGAGAAAGAGAGAGAGAGAGGAGCCACGGCGAGCCAGAUCUUCGAAUUCCUGGCCGUGAUUUCGUAGACGGACGGCGGCGAUUGCACAUGUGAUCCCCCCUGAGUGGCCGACCCCAUUUGGCAGACGCGAUGAAGAAGUUCACGAUCAAGGGUGUACUCGACGGGUUCCGGUCGUCGGUCCCGCAGCCCACCAAGCCCGACCAGGAAAUCAUCGAGAAUCUCAGGACGGAGCACUUUCAAGUUAAGAAGACAUUCAGACACGGCUUCCCGCAUCAACCGACAGCGUUGGCAUUCGACCCAGUUCAAAGGCUCCUAGCUAUUGGCACUAAAUCAGGAUCCCUCAGGAUUUUGGGUAGACCGGGCGUGGAUGCACACGUUAAACAUGAGGAAUGUUCGCCCGUGUUGCGACUGCAGUUCCUGAUCAACGAAGGAGCGUUGGUGUCCGCUACGGAGGACGACACCUUGCAUUUGUGGAACUUCCGUCAGAAGAUACCGCAGGUGGUACAUAGCCUCAAGUUUCAGAGAGACAGAAUCACUUGCAUACAUUUACCGUUGCAAAGUAAAUGGUUGUACAUUGGGACCGAUCGAGGAAAUAUUCACAUACUGCAUAUUGAAACGUUUGUUCUAUCCGGAUAUGUAAUUAAUUGGAACAAGGCUAUUGAAGUAUCUAGAAAGACUCACCCUGGUGCUGUAGUACACUUGAGUGAUAAUCCUUUAGAUUUGAGCAAGAUGCUUAUAGGAUAUUCAUCAGGGCAAGUUGUUUUAUGGGACUUAAAAACCAAGAUUGCUGACUAUAGAUGUCAAACAGAUGAUUUAUUAACAUCGAUAACAUGGCAUCAUGAAGGUAAACAAUUCAUGUGCAGUCACUCGGAUGGUUCUCUUUCAACUUGGACUAUUCGGCAAUUAAAACCGAGUAUAACAUUUCCACAUGCAAAAUUCACUAAAGACGGAGAACCUGAACGUUGUAAGGCCAUUCAAAAAGUAGAAUGGAAGUUAUCGAGAUCAGGAGAAGCAUAUGUGAUAUUCUCUGGUGGAUUGGCACAGGACACCACUGGGAGAACACCCAGCAUUACAGUGAUGCAUGGAAAAACUACUACGGUGCUCGAAAUGGAACAUAAUGUUGUAGACUUUAUAACGCUGUGUGAUAGUCCAUGGGCUAGUGAUUUUCAAGAUCCUUAUGCUGUUGUUGUUUUAUUACAAAAUGAUCUGGUUGUGAUAGAUUUGUUAACUACUGGAUUCCCUUGUUUUGAGAAUCCAUAUCCUAUGGAUAUUCAUGAAUCUCCUGUGACAUGUUGUGCAUAUUUUGCGGAUUGCCCUUCGGAUCUAGUACCUGCAUUUUAUUCCGUUGGAUCAAAGUCACAGAAGAAGACUGGCUUUAGCGAGAAAGAAUGGCCUAUCUCCGGUGGCGAAUGGAGCUCCAGUUCUAGCAGUUAUAACGAAAUUAUUCUUACGGGGCAUGCCGAUGGCAGUAUAAAGUUUUGGGACGCUUCAGCGGGAACAUUACAAGUCCUUUACAAACUAAAGACGGCGAAACUUUUUGAAAAAACUAGAACGCGUAGUAUAGAUUCUGAGGAAGAUCCGUUAGCGAUUCAACUUAUCUUCCUUUGUCCUGAAAGUCGGAAAUUAGCUAUUGCAGGAAGUGGCAAGCAUAUCGUAUUGUUCAAAUUUAAAAAGGUUGAAAGUAUGUCUGAAGUAGUGACUUUGGAAAUAUGUUUAUCGGUGGAUCCGUUAAAAGAAGCGGACAAUUCACCGGAUCGUGAAUCUCCGGCAACCGGAAACACCGUAGGAAACGUGGAAACGAAGACUAUAGAGUUCAAUCAUCCGCUCAAAGUCAAAACGGGACUACAGAAAAGGCCAGCCGGUUUUCAAGCGACAUUGAUUUGUUUGACAACUGCACCUCCUGGAGAACUACCCGAAAAUAUAACAUCCCUCAGUUUAAAUUCCUCAUACGGCCUAUUGGCCUAUGGAAAUGAGUCGGGGUUAGUGAUAGUGGACAUCGUGCAGAAGAUCUCUUUAGUCGUAUUGAACACCAGUGAUCUUGGUGGUGGCGAUCCUUAUCAACGCGUCUUGCGAAGUCCCAAACGGCAGGACGAAUUAAAACGAGAAAAUGAAGAUAAGGCACGAAGUCCAAGUUCAGAUCAGAGUCAACGAGAAUCCGUGAUGGAAUUCGAGCCGAUAGUUACAAGGAUAGCGGAUUCGAUCCAACAAGUACAGCAACAGCAACAGUGUCCUCGCAAUGAGAGUCAGACUGGAAACAGUAGUGAUAAACCGAGCGCGGAGGAAACCACGAACGAAUCCAAUAAAGCGGGUAACAUUCCUAACGGCGACGAGUGUCAGAAAAGCCAAGGUUGGAAGGGAUUUAGUCUCAAGAGACAACUAAGCAAGGUUGAUCUGAAGAUUAAAAAUACUUUUACACCGUCCUCGGUGUCUUCUCAGAAUGGGAGCUCGUCGUCGGGGCUCAUGCAAGUACCCCAAUGUCAGCAGAUAAGCAGCGAUACUGGCAGUCAAAAGUCUUCCACGUUUUACUGCAAUAUCGAAGCGGCUAGCACAAGUUCGCUGUCGCCGGUUGAAAGUGUUGACUCUGAGUCUUCGUUAUCGCCGGAGAGUCAAUCUCCGGGACACGACAGUCCUCAGACUGAUGACAAGAAGCAAGAGAUCCAAGAGGCUAGAAGCCCGACGGAGAACGAGAAUGAGAAAACGGUAAUGAGCAAUGACAAUAUCGGCGCGAAAACUGAAGCGGUAAGACCGAUGAACCUGUCUUUGCCCGAACACGAGGCAAAACCGUCAAGAUUGAGGUAUAUUGCCAAAAUCAAACAAGCAAAGAGAGAGGGCCGUUUGCUCUCGGUGCCGAAUCUAAAAUUUUCCAAGAACGAGACAGCCGUUUGUGACCUAAGAUGCGAGGAGAGUGCUACCUCAUCAGAAUCGUUCACCGGCAAUCUUAUGAGAAGAUUCAGUCGGAUAGACAAAUUCGACGGCUCCUUCCAACGAUCAAGGAGUUCGAGUAUGUCGUCCCUCGAAAAUAUCACCACCGAAACCAUAAGCUGCCUUACAUUUGCGGAUUCUUAUACAAAAAAAAACGAUACGAACGGUAUGCCGACGUUAUGGAUUGGCACGUCUCUGGGAUCUGUACAGACUGUUGUAUUCAACACGCCUGCCCACAGCGAACGCCAUGCUCACCCAGUGGUUGUGUCUACUUGUAAUGGAUCUACUUUCAAACUCAAGGGUUGUAUCUUAUCGAUGUCAUUCUUAGACUGCAACGGCGCUCUGAUCCCGUAUUCAUAUGAAUCUUGGAAAGACGAGAACACGGAUGGCAAAGAACGAAACAAGAGUCAAGGAAAAUGUACAAAUAGCCGAAUGUCACCGUCGACGAACACGCAAGUCAGCGGGGACAACUUCGAGGACAGACAAUUUGUCGUGCUUGUAUCAGAGAAGCAAGCGAGAGUUGUGGCAUUACCUUCCCAAAACUGUAUAUAUAGGCAACAGCUAGCGGAGACUCAUAUCGUAAUUAAAGCAGAAGUUACCUCACUCAAAGAUAACGUCUGCCUGGUAUGUUAUGUUUCGAAUGGUCACAUCACAACAUAUAGUUUGCCCAGCCUGAGACCGCUGAUAGACGUCGAUUUUCUACCUCUUGUAGAUUUGAGUUUUCAGACCACAAAACACGGCAUUGUAGACCCUAUGUUGACCAUAUGGGGUCAUCAACUCUUUGUUAAUGGCGAUACCGAUCAGAUCGCAAAGACGCUUUGCUUCAGCAAUCGAGGCCAUGGUUUAUAUCUCUCAUCACCAAUGGAAAUACAGAAGUUCUCCGUUUCGAGUGAAUUCUGCGCCGAAUUGACGGAGAUGAUGGGUGAUCUGUUUAUUGGCCACGAUAUGCCAGAACCGCCUAAAGAGAGUUUCUUCAAAGGUUUAUUCGGUGGUGGUUCGAGGAGUCUCGAUCGGGAAGAGUUAUUCGGUGAAUCCAGCGGUCGUGCGUCGCGCACAGUGGCGAAACAUAUUCCAGGACCAAACGAGGCUCUCCGAGAACGAGUCUCUAGCGCAACGGGCGAGGUAAAUAUGGCACAUCAGAUGGUGUUGGAACGCGGCGAGAAGCUAUCGCAGCUCGAAGACCGGACCGCACGUAUGAUGUCGGAAGCUGAGAAUUUUUCUCAGAGCGCUCAUGGAUUGAUGCUCAAGUACAAAGACAAGAAAUGGUACCAACUAUGAGAACGCCAUUCGAUCCGAGCCCGAUGGGACGACGCAUGUUUCUUUAGUUACUUAGCGUUCGUGUUUCGUCUAUGAGUUUUGUCGUAUUAAGAAACUAAAAGCUAGCUAUACUACGAUCCUCACGCACACAUGGGAAACUUCUACACGAAGGGAGAGAGAUAAAGCAGAUAUAUGUACAUGCGAUCAUCUGUGCGACGCACACGGUACACACGCACAUGUUGUAAACGAGAAACAAAAAAAACAUAUAUUUCAAAGCGGAUAAGUAUUGCGACGAUCUCUCAAAUGUGUAAAUCUUUGCGUAUGAAUGAAUAAAAGAGAGACGUCAGCGAGAUAAAAGUCGCGGCUACGCCGUGAUGCAUUUGUGCGGAUGUGACACACAUGUACGUAUAAUUAUUUAAAAUAUAAAGUACUUAUAUACGCAAUGAUGCGACAGAAAUAUACGCGAGUCAAUAUAAGCAAUUAUGUAAUAAUUCGCCUUUUAACCGGUGGCACUCGUUAAUUCAUUCGGACGUCCUGUGAACGUGUUUAAUGGCGCCUUGCCUUGUUUGCUUCUCAGCAAAGAAUUGCCAAUAAGUAUUUACGAACGUCACAUUGUUGCAGAGUUUAUGCACUUUCAGGUAGAUGGAAUCGAGUGAAACGCUAAGAAUCGCAUUAGUUGUAAAUCGACAAA